AUAGAUGAAUUAUCUUACAAGAAAGUCGCAUCUCAAUCAAGUACAGAGGGAAGGCUAUAUUAUGAAGCUAAUAAUGCAGUUGAUGGAGAAACAACCACGUGUAUGAGGGCAAAUCCAAUUGGAAUCGGCUAUGCCAAUCCAGACAAGACUGUUUGGUGGAAAGUGGAUCUUGGUGGACUGUACAGCAUAUACAGCGUUGACAUUAUAUUUAAAAACUAUGCGGGAUACUACGAAAAAAGACAGCGUGGACGUUUUGCCGGAUUCUCUUUGUAUGUAUAUAACACUGGUGUAUCAACCAUUAGUGACAUAAUGAACUCCACACUGUGCUAUAAGGACGGACCUCAGUUACCUCCCCUUAACUUUACAACCACGUGCACAGAGCAUGGACGUUUCGUUUUCUUUUACAACGAACGAAUAAAUGGAGCUACCUACCCUAAAGAAUAUGAAGUUGAUAACGUGUUCACUGAACUGUGUGAGGUCAUCGUAUAUGGCUGUAAAAUGCCUGGUGUGUAUGGAAGUGAAUGUGACAAUCUUUGUCCAAUCAACUGUAAGGACAGUACAUGUCACGUAGAAAAUGGAACAUGUUUUGGGUGUAAGCCUGGAUGGACUGGGAUAUCCUGCGACAUGAAAUGUACAGAAGGUUCGUUCGGUUUCAACUGCAGUCGGCAAUGUAAAGGACAUUGCAUAGAGAAUAUUCCCUGUAAUCACGUGACUGGCAUGUGCGAUGAAGGAUGCGCAGCAGGAUGGGCUGGAAUGUUUUGUGAAGAAGCUUGCCAACGAGGGUAUUACGGUACAAACUGUUCUCUGCCUUGUUCUCCUAACUGUAAAACAUGCCGACCCACAGAUGGGUUGUGUUUCUGUAAGGCAGGUUGGAUGGGUCAUAACUGUUCAGACGAGUGUAUCCAGUCCUAUGGAGAAAACUGUCAGUAUCCGUGCAGUGGACAAUGCAUUAACCGGACUUGUGAUAGAUUCACCGGAAACUGUUGGUGUGAUUUUAAACAUGAUAAUCUGAGGAAUUUUGAGACGACAGAUGCACCAUCCACUACAUUUUGGAUUGUUGCUUUCUCUUUAUCUCUGGUCAUCUACAUUAUAUUCAUUUUUGCCACAUUGAUUAGUCGCCGGAAAGCAUUGUUUGAACGUAAGUCCACUACAGAUAAUGUUGAUUUUGCUUGGCGGUCUGGAUCAAACACAGUACAAACUGCUACCACUGAUAAUCCAUCUCACUAUCAAGAACUACGUGUAUCAAAGAAUGACAACACCUAUCAAACCCUACAAUAGCAGUGAAAGUAUAACGUUUCUGUUUUAAGGCAAUGCAUCAUGAAGAGUGCAAAUUUCAAU